CUACACGCACCCAUUCACACCUAUAUAUACACACCUCCUACAUCUAACCAAAUCGUCUCACUCUUUCUCAUCCUUCUCUCUCUACACCUUCAUAUCUUCCUCCCUACCCUAUCCAACAGUCGAGAUGGAGACCUUUCUAUUUACAUCCGAGUCAGUCAACGAAGGACACCCAGACAAGCUCUGCGAUCAAGUCUCAGACGCCAUUCUCGAUGCUUGUCUAGAACAGGAUGUCGAUAGCAAGGUCGCCUGCGAGACCUGCACCAAGACCAACAUGGUCAUGGUUUUCGGUGAGAUCACCACCAAGGCUAAUGUUGACUACGAGAAGAUAGUCCGUGACACUUGCAGAGAAAUUGGAUUCACAUCUGCUGAUGUCGGUCUUGAUGCCGACAACUGCAAGGUGUUGGUCAACAUCGAGCAACAAAGUCCCGACAUUGCUCAAGGUGUGCACGGACAUCUUACAAAGAAGCCGGAGGAGAUCGGUGCUGGUGACCAAGGUCAUAUGUUCGGUUAUGCUACCGAUGAGACACCGGAGCUUAUGCCUCUUACCCAUGUUCUUGCAACUAAGCUCGGUGCCAAGCUUACUGAAGUGAGAAAGAACAACACUUGCCCAUGGCUCAGGCCGGACGGUAAGACCCAAGUGACCGUUGAGUACCGUAACGACAAUGGCGCGAUGGUCCCAAUCAGGGUUCACACUGUUCUUAUCUCCACUCAACAUGACGAGACCGUGACUAACGACCAAAUCGCUGCUGAUCUUAAGGAACACGUGAUCAAGCCCGUUAUCCCAGCUCAGUACCUUGACGAGAAAACCAUCUUCCACUUGAACCCGUCAGGUCGGUUCGUGAUCGGUGGUCCACAUGGUGAUGCAGGUCUCACUGGGAGGAAGAUUAUCAUCGACACUUACGGAGGAUGGGGAGCUCAUGGUGGGGGUGCUUUCUCCGGGAAAGACCCAACUAAAGUGGACAGGAGUGGUGCGUACAUCGUUAGGCAAGCCGCCAAGAGUAUUGUGGCGUCGGGACUUGCACGAAGGUGCAUUGUUCAGGUGUCUUACGCUAUUGGUGUGGCUGAGCCGCUUUCUGUUUUCGUGGACACAUACACGACUGGAACAAUCCCGGAUAAGGACAUCCUUGCGCUUAUCAAGGAGAAUUUCGACUUUAGGCCCGGGAUGAUGGCUAUCAACCUCGACUUGAAGAGGGGUGGGAACAAAAGGUACCAGAAGACUGCUGCAUACGGUCACUUUGGACGUGAUGAUCCCGACUUCACCUGGGAGACCGUUAAGGAUUUGAAGCCGAAAGCAUGAAUGUAACAGUUUCACGAGAAUGAUUCUUUGCUGCCCGGAAAGUCGGCUCACGGAGAAUAAACAAGCUUUUGUAUCACAAGCUGGCUAUGUUGUUUUUUUUUUUUUUUGAAGCCAUAUGGUGGAAAACAUACGUAGGAAGUAUUACACGCUUUUGAUUGUCUGGUCAAAUGUUGUGUUUGUUUGUUUUGUCUUUCUGUCUUUUGAGUCUGUUAUGUCUUUCCGUAUUUGAUAUGGAGAUGCCUAUGUUAUAUGUACUCUUGGAACAAAUUUUAUCUACUUGAGUUAUCGAAUUAUCAACAUGCUUGACAUCAA